AUGAGUCAGGAGCAAAAGGAAAAGUUGGAAAAGAGUGGACUCGUGGAAUGGUCAGUCUUCUCCGAGCUCGUAGCGAUGGAUGAGGACGAGGAAGAGUUUUCAAAAGGAUUGUGCCAAACAUUUGUGAACCAGUUCAAAGAUACAGCGGAAGAAAUUGAUGAUAACUUGGUGACUAAGAAUUUGGAAAAACUAUCCUCAUUGGGGCAUUAUCUAAAAGGCUCGGCGGCAGCUUUGGGCUUGAAGAAAAUUUCGUCUCAGUGUGAACGUAUUCAAAAUUACGGUCAUCGUGUCAAUUGCGAUAAUUUCAAACCCGAUAUUCCCACUGAUGAAAACUCCGAUGACUUUUGGAUUCAUCUUAUUCGAGACGCAGUGAACAAGGCAAAGACCGGCUUUGCGGAAUCGAAGGCUGCAUUGGAUGAAUACUUUGAGGAUGAAUUAUGA